GAGGAGCAAAUAGUCACAUGAAAUUAUAGAUAGCUGGCAAAAGUUUGUCUCUUGGGUCAGUCACAGUCAGCCAAGUGUCUUAAACCUUUUCUUUCUUUCUUUUGAAUUUCAUUUCAAUUUAAUUUCGAUUUCAUUUCCCCCUUUCUCUGCACUCUGCAACUCCCUCCAAUUUAGUUUGAGCCUUAGAGGCAUUGUUCUUUGGUUGGAUAGAUCUCUGAUCUGAAGAUGAGUGCGUCGAGGUUCAUUAAGUGCGUCACCGUCGGCGACGGCGCUGUCGGCAAAACCUGCUUGUUGAUUUCCUACACCAGCAACACUUUUCCCACGGACUACGUGCCCACGGUUUUUGACAAUUUCAGUGCUAAUGUUGUGGUGGAUGGAAGCACCGUAAACUUGGCAUUGUGGGAUACUGCUGGUCAGGAAGAUUAUAAUAGGCUUAGACCCUUGAGCUAUCGAGGAGCUGAUGUUUUUAUACUUGCCUUUUCUCUCAUAAGCAAGGCUAGCUAUGAAAAUAUUGCAAAGAAGUGGAUCCCUGAACUAAGGCAUUAUGCCCCUGGUGUUCCAAUAAUUCUCGUUGGAACAAAGUUAGAUCUUCGGGAAGAUAAGCAAUUUUUUAUGGACCACCCUGGUGCAGUACCAAUUACUACAGCACAGGGAGAAGAAUUAAGAAAACUGAUUGGUGCUCCUGCCUACAUCGAGUGUAGUUCAAAAACACAGCAGAAUGUGAAAGCCGUCUUUGACGCUGCCAUCAAAGUGGUUCUUCAACCACCAAAGCAAAAGAAAAAGAAGAGAAAGGCACAAAAAGCUUGCUCAAUAUUGUGAUUAAGAAUCAGAAGGCUUGCUCAAUAGUAUGAUUUAAGAACCAGAGAUUAAUAGGAGGUAUUGACUGUCUGGCCAACCUUUAAUGCUGCCUCUCCAUUGGUUUUUCUUGUUUUGGUCGCUAUCCUUUGUAGCGAGGGCAGGAAGCUGUGUAUAGUUUGGACUGACAUCUUAGGCCUUAUGAUCAAUCACAUGAUUACUGCCUUUGUCUCAUUUCAUACUCUGUAAUUAAAACUAGCUCAAUUACAUAGCUCAGUGCCGACCUAUUUCCUUCAACUACUAUUAUAUGUUAGUAACCCACGAAAGCACUGCAUGCUUGUGAAUGCGGUCAUAUUCAUAUGGCAUGCUUGUGAAUGCGGUCAUAUUCAUAUGGCCUUUGUGAUGUCUUCUAUGAAUUUCUUUAAUGGUUUUGGGCAGUUGUUGCACAUUUUAAACUUUUUACACUUAAGGGGAUGUUAUUGAAGGAUAAAAUUUCACCUUGGAGCAUGGGAUGUUCCAUUUAAA